CCAGAUUUUCUUCUCUCUUUUUUCUUAAUGAUGAUUUUGAGUCUAUUGUUUCAUUGAAAUGCAAGCAGUCAAGUACAUAACAUGAUAGUUGUUUAAUUCAUAGUGAUUUACCCCCUUUUUGUAAAGGGUUUUUCUUUAAGUGUAUGUGCUUGAUUGGUUAUGUUGAAGUCUAAUAGAGUGUUCUUACAGAGGAGGAAUUGGAAGAUGGCUUCGAGUUCCUCGAAUUCCCCCUGUGCAGCCUGCAAAUUUCUCCGGCGAAAAUGCCAACCGGAAUGUGUUUUUGCGCCGUAUUUUCCUCCGGAUCAGCCACAGAAAUUCGCAAAUGUUCAUAAGGUAUUCGGAGCUAGUAAUGUAACAAAACUUCUCAACGAAUUACAUCCUCACCAGAGAGAAGACGCUGUCAAUUCGCUCGCUUACGAAGCCGAUAUGCGCCUUCGUGACCCUGUCUAUGGCUGUGUAGGCGUAAUUUCUCUGCUUCAACACCAACUCUGUAAACUCCAAAUGGAUCUCACUUGCGCAAAAUCUGAACUCUCCAAAUAUCAAAACGUAGGGAUUGGUAACCACGCCACCCUGAUUUCACCGCCUUCCGCCCUUUCUACCGUACCUCAUGGACAGAGAAACCACCAGCCAGCGUUCAAUUUUGCUCGAGAUCAACCGCACAGCCUUUAUCACGAUCAAUUUUUCCCUCGAGAUCAACAACAACAACAACAACAGAUGAUGCUCCGACGGAACUUCGACGGCGGUAGCAACUACGACGGACUUUUGGCCGUUAAUGUCACCGCAAGUAUCGGUAACCUCAGCCACCAGUUCCAGCAAACUCGCGCCGCUGCCGGAGACGAUCGUCGCGGUACUCUCGAUCAUUCUUAG